AUGCUCGCUUUGCCGUACUAUGGCUCAACCUCCACCUUCUAUCGCAUACGGCCGGGAGUCGUUCUCAAAUCACCCGUGCAGGUAUGGGAAAAGAGCGCGCACCGCCACAAGCUUAGUGAAAGAAUCACGAAUAGCUUCGUGGUUGAGCGGCAGAUACUGGAAAAGCUAGGAGAUCAUCCAAGGAUCAUAUUCGGGUACGAUGACACCACGGACAUUAAGGGCUUCCUGCUUGCUGAAGCAAGCCAUGGCAACCUCCAGACAUACAUUGAUGAAAACAAUGCGCUUAUAGGGGAUUCUCUACGCAGGAAGUGGUGCUGGCAAGCCGCCGAAGCCAUCGCAUACCUUCACGAAAAUGGCGUGAUACAUUCAGAUCUACGCCCCGAAAAUUUCCUGGUCCAUGCAACCACUGAAGUCUCUCUAGAUCUUUGGCUCUGCGAUUUCGGUGGUUCGACGUGCACAGAACUGAAUCUUGGUGGAGGACAUCUUCCUGAUGAUCCCUUUUUCGAUCCCACGCAGCCUUGGAUAUCGACACCAGCUACCGAUAUUUUCAGUCUUGGAUCCAUCUUCUACACCAUCUUGACGGGACACUGGCCUUACAAAUCAUGUGGCUCGUUCGAGACGGGAGAGGGAAAAUAUGACUACCAGAGAAGGGUCAACGCUCUUUUCAGUCAGAAGAAGUUCCCGGAUGUAACGGGUUUAGCUGGUGGGAAGGUCGUCAUGGGUUGUUGGAUGAAGAGGUAUGGAACGGUGAACGAGAUCCUGCGGGACCUUGAGACCGAAAUGCAGAGGUAG